UGUAAUUAACAUUUCUUUGCACAAAUAACACAUCACUACUAACAUCAUAGCAACAUUUUAGAGAGACAUCACAGUUAUAGAUAAGUCUUCCUCGUGUAUAUUACAAAACGUGACAAAAGUAUUGUCAGCAUCCAUGAAUUUAGAUAAAGCUGCUUUGCAAGGGAACCUAUUUUAGAAUGCACUUCUUUGACCUUAUUUAAAAGGCAAAUUUUAAAGGGGAUUGACAAGUUAAUUUAAUAUCAAUAAUGCUUGCAAUUCAAUAAGAUUGUCCUCUAUGGGGUAUUCCGUGUUUAGAUUGCCGCGUUUGUCUCUUGUUUUUAUUAUUACCAUGAACAGAGAAAUCUCUGCUGUCGAUGACGUCACUCAGUGUUUCAGCACUACUGCGCUGUCCAGCCUCUCACACCAGACUCCUCAACCGCCACUGCGUUUAGCACAUUCUCUCUACCGGACGACUGGUAAAGAACACCCCUACCACCGGGCGAGACUAACUUGACGUUACUUUCCUCUCAUAAUCGAUUCAACUCCUCAAACCUAGCAAUCUGCGAUAGCGGCAGAGAGCGCGUUGUGCUGAAGCUGUGGAAAGCGGAUCGGGUCCCAGCAGCGCAGCGGCAGUCCAGGAGGAGCUGGCUAUGCUGUUUCUCUUGGCUUGAAUUUUUUUGGGGGUAGCGGUUUCGCUGCGGCUCUCUCUGUGACAUUGCGGUUGGAAGAGCUGGAGGUUUCGGUUCGAAGAUGGCGGAGAACCCCGUCAACACUUCAACGACAGGUGAGCGCAAAG